CCCGGGGCAGGCGUGGCGUGCUAUGUGUGCGCCGCUGUGGUCUGGUGUUUGGGUCCCAAGCUCUUGACUUGCGGCAGAGUCGUGCUGUAGGCUGGGAUGUUACAGGCUGUUGGAGCUGGGGAUGAGGAAGAGGAGCAUGCGGAAGAGGACUGUCCUGAAUUGGUUCCCAUUGAGACGAAGCAAAGAGAGGAGGAGGAAAAGUCUGAGUCCGGCGCCAAGAUCCCAGUUACAAUUAUCACCGGGUAUUUAGGUGCUGGGAAGACAACACUUCUAAACUAUAUUUUGACAGAACAACAUAGCAAAAGAAUAGCAGUUAUUUUAAAUGAAUUUGGGGAAGGAAGUGCGGUGGAGAAAUCCUUAGCUGUCAGCCAAGGUGGAGAGCUCUAUGAGGAGUGGCUGGAACUUGGAAACGGUUGCCUCUGCUGUUCAGUGAAGUGAGGAAUGUGUUUACUAUAUGCUUUUGGUUUACUAGAAAUGUUUAUCAAUUAUAUUUCCAGCUUUGAUUUUCUUGUGUAAAUUUAACUGAAUUUAUACAGUUUGCUUCAUUGUAUUUUCAAAUAGAAAAUAAAUUUAUUAGGAUGUAUUUUCUUAAA